GCACAUGUCUUUAGGGGUUUAACCGGAGGGAUAGGGACAGGGAUGUUUCUGGUGUUUGUCCUGCAGUCUGGACAUUUUCCUGGUUGAGGAAAGUAAAGUAAAGUUAUCCAGCUCUACUGAUCUGGUUUCUUUUGCAUCAUAACUAUAUCAUGGACUAUGUAAUGGCUUCCACUUGAGCACUAAACUUCAGCAUGGAAGGAAAAGGCUUUUGUAAUGUGGUUGGCCCAGUCUGGAUGAAAUGUUGUUUUCACUUUUAGUCAGAUGAGGUUUUAAUUUACAGGCCUUGUUGGAUUUAUAGCUGUUUUUAAAGUAUCUCUUGUAAAGCAUUCUUUAUUUCAAUUCUCAAACACAGAUAUAACGUGUGUCUGAAAGCAUUUGGCCUUAAUCUUCCCGUUCUUGUUGAGGUGCUCCAUUCUUUUUGGGGGGAAGUUUCCCUAAAGGUAGCAGCAACAGGUGCAUUUCCGGGUUGUUCCUCCGCGUGGGUUCAGCACAGAGUUGCGUCCGUGGUCUCUCCAACUUGUUGUGAUCCGUGCGUCCCCCCGGGGACACCGAGAAUAACUGACAGCAGCGGAUUGACUGCCGCUGCCUGCGCGUCGGUCCUCUCGGAUGCGCCGUGAAUCUGCAGGCAGGCACCCGGAUGUGGCGACAAAAUGCUCGGCGCUCCUCUCACGGUCCGCGCUCGGGAAACAUUUUAUGAUUCAGGUUGACGGCUCCGCUCAGGUCCGCGCCACCGACACCUCUUGGAUGGUUUUUCCAACGAGGAGUUGGAUUUAAAACGGAUUUUUUCCAAUGUGGAUUCGAGGAUGCAAGAAGCAGAUGAACAGUCUGAAGGGGCACAGUAUGCCAGCAACAGAAGGACCUCUCCCUCCACUGACACCUCGGCGCUCUGGUCAGCAAGUCACACCCACCUCCACCAGCUCCAUCCACCAGAACCCCUGCAGGCUCCAGCCAGCACCGGCAAGCCCGUCGGCUCCUCUUAUGGCCUCCUCGGGGCCAACAGCGGCGCGCAGGGCGCUGGCGGCACCGGCGCCGGAGUCAGCCCGGUCCUCGCUUGGCACGCCGCCAUUAGUGCUGCUCGCCAAGCGCAAGGCGAAUCCGCGAAGCCCGAGGUGAGUUCGCGACCCUCGGUUUGCACCACUGUACCAGUUCCUCCUGUCGGUUCACUGGCGCAGAGGAAGAGGCAGCAGUAUGCCAAAAGCAAAAAGCAGGGAGGAUCUACCAACAGCAGGCCGCCCAGAGCCCUGUUCUGCCUCACCCUCAACAACCCGAUCCGCAGGGCCUGCAUCAGCCUGGUGGAGUGGAAGCCCUUUGAUAUCUUUAUACUGCUGUCUAUUUUUGCCAACUGCGUGGCCUUAGCCAUCUACAUCCCCUUUCCCGGAGACGACUCCAAUUCUACCAACCAAGAACUGGAAACAGUAGAGUAUGCCUUCCUGAUCAUUUUCACUAUAGAGACAUUUCUGAAGAUUAUUGCCUAUGGCCUGGUCAUGCACCAAAACUCCUACGUCAGAAAUGGCUGGAACAUGCUGGACUUUGUCAUCGUCAUAGUGGGGUUGUUCAGCGUGGUUCUGGAGAUGAUAACCAAAGACGCCGACUCUGGCGGCCAGUCCGGAGGCAAACCUGGAGGGUUUGACGUCAAGGCCCUUCGAGCCUUUCGCGUGCUACGGCCCCUUCGCCUUGUCUCUGGAGUUCCCAGUUUACAGGUGGUUUUAAAUUCCAUCAUCAAAGCCAUGGUUCCCCUGCUCCACAUCGCCCUGCUGGUCCUCUUCGUCAUCAUCAUCUACGCCAUCAUCGGCCUGGAGCUCUUCAUCGGCAAAAUGCACGCCACAUGCUACGUGGUACAAACAGGUGCCCUCGCAGAAGAAGAGCCCACACCAUGUGCGGUGUCUGGCCACGGCCGUCACUGCCUGCUCAAUGGCACGGUUUGCAGAGAAGGCUGGCAGGGCCCCAACAACGGCAUCACCAACUUUGACAACUUCUUGUUCGCCAUGCUCACUGUGUUCCAGUGCAUCACCAUGGAGGGAUGGACCGACGUGCUCUACUGGAUGAACGAUGCGAUGGGCUUCGAGCUGCCGUGGGUCUACUUCGUCAGUCUGGUCAUCUUUGGGUCCUUCUUUGUUCUUAACUUGGUUUUGGGUGUGUUGAGUGGAGAGUUUUCCAAAGAGCGAGAGAAGGCCAAGGCUCGCGGGGAUUUCCAGAAGCUGCGUGAGAAGCAGCAGUUAGAGGAAGACCUGAAGGGUUACCUGGACUGGAUCACCCAGGCCGAGGACAUCGACCCUGAGAACGAGGAGGAGGGGGACGAGGAGGGCAAACGUAACCGGGUCACCCUGGCUGACCUCACUGAGAAGAAGAAAGGAAAGUUUGGCUGGUUCACUCAGUCCACAGAGACACAGGCGAGCAUGCCCACAAGUGAGACCGAGUCGGUGAACACGGACAAUCACAACGGAGAGGAAGACAAAUCGCCGUGCUGUGGGCCUCUGUGUCAAAAAAUUACUAAGUCAAAGUGCAGUCGUCAGUGGCGACGCUGGAAUCGUUUCUGCCGGAGGAAGUGCCGCGCAGCUGUGAAAUCUGUGACGUUUUAUUGGCUCGUCAUCAUCUUGGUGUUCCUCAACACUCUCACCAUCGCCUCCGAGCACUACAACCAGCCAGACUGGCUGACUGAAGUACAGGACGUAGCCAACAAAGUUCUUCUGGCCUUGUUCACCUUGGAGAUGCUGGUGAAGAUGUACAGUCUGGGGUUGCAGGCCUACUUUGUCUCCCUGUUUAACCGCUUUGACUGUUUCGUGGUGUGUGGAGGCAUCGUGGAGACCAUCCUGGUGGAGCUGGCCAUCAUGUCUCCUCUGGGCAUCUCUGUUUUCCGCUGCGUACGCCUCCUUAGGAUCUUCAAGGUUACGCGUCACUGGGCGUCUCUUAGCAACCUGGUAGCCUCUCUGCUCAACUCCAUGAAGUCCAUCGCCUCUCUGUUGCUGCUGCUCUUCCUCUUCAUCAUCAUUUUCUCCCUGCUGGGCAUGCAGCUCUUUGGGGGAAAGUUCAACUUUGAUGAGACUGUGACCAAAAGGAGCACGUUUGAUAACUUCCCCCAGGCCCUGCUCACUGUCUUCCAGAUCUUGACAGGAGAAGACUGGAACACGGUGAUGUAUGAUGGCAUCAUGGCGUACGGUGGUCCGGCCUCAUCCGGGAUGGUGGUCUGCAUUUACUUCAUCAUCCUCUUCAUCUGUGGAAACUACAUCCUGCUAAAUGUCUUCUUGGCCAUCGCCGUUGACAACCUGGCAGACGCUGAGAGCCUCAACACGGCACAGAAGGAGGAAGAAGAGGCCAAGAAGAGGAAGAAUAGCACCAAGGACACAAGCUCAGAUAAUAAGAGAGUUGAAAUGAGAGAAACUGAGGAUGGUGAGACCAAGUUGCCAGCAGACGUCCUGCUGCAGGAAGACAAAGAGCUGUAUCCUGCAGUUGACUCUCCAGUGAAUGAAGACCUCCCUGAAGUCCCCUUGGGGCCUCGCCCUCAGCGUUUGUCUGAACUCACCAUGAAAGAAAAGACUCCGCCCAUCCCAGAGGGCAGCGCCUUCUUCAUCUUCAGCAGCACUAACCCGUUUCGCGUAUUCUGCCACAAACUGAUCAACCAUCAGAUCUUCACCAACCUCAUCCUGGUCUUCAUCAUGCUCAGCUCCGUCUCUCUGGCUGCUGAGGACCCCAUACGCAACUUCUCCGCUCGCAAUAUUAUACUUGGUUAUUUUGACUAUGCUUUCACGGCAAUCUUUACUGUUGAGAUCCUGUUGAAGAUGACGGCGUUUGGAGCGUUCCUUCAUAAAGGGGCGUUCUGCAGAAACUACUUCAACCUGUUAGACCUGCUGGUCGUCGGUGUGUCUUUGGUGUCCUUUGGCAUUCAGUCCUCUGCCAUCUCCGUGGUGAAGAUUCUCCGUGUUUUGCGAGUUCUCCGUCCACUCAGGGCCAUCAACAGAGCCAAGGGACUGAAGCACGUGGUCCAGUGCGUCUUUGUGGCCAUCAGGACCAUCGGCAACAUCAUGAUCGUCACCACGCUGCUGCAGUUCAUGUUCGCUUGUAUCGGCGUGCAACUCUUCAAGGGUAAAUUUUAUCGAUGCACAGACGAUGCAAAGUCCAGCCCAGAGGAGUGCAAAGGAACGUACAUUCUGUACAACAACGGCGACACGGCGCUGCCCAUGGUGAAGGAGAGGAUCUGGUACAACAGCGAGUUCAACUUCGACAACGUCCUCAUGGCCAUGAUGGCUCUUUUCACCGUCUCCACCUUCGAAGGGUGGCCCACGCUGCUGUACAAGGCCAUCGACUCCAACAGGGAGAACAUGGGCCCCAUCUACAACUACCGCAUUGAGAUCUCCAUCUUCUUCAUCAUCUACAUCAUCAUCAUCGCCUUCUUCAUGAUGAACAUCUUUGUCGGUUUCGUCAUUGUUACCUUCCAGGAGCAAGGGGAGAAGGAGUACAAGAACUGUGAGCUGGACAAGAACCAGCGUCAGUGUGUGGAGUACGCUCUUAAAGCUCGUCCUCUGCGGCGCUACAUUCCCAAAAACCCCUACCAGUACAAGUUCUGGUACGUGGUCAACUCCACUGGCUUUGAGUAUGUCAUGUUUGUCCUGAUCAUCCUCAACACCUUGUGUCUGGCCAUUCAGCAUCACGGACAGUCUCACCUGUUCAACUACGCCAUGGACAUCCUCAACAUGGUCUUCACCGGGGUUUUCACCGUAGAGAUGAUCCUCAAGCUCAUCGCCUUCAAACCCAGAAACUAUUUUGCUGAUGCAUGGAACACGUUUGAUGCCUUAAUUGUUGUGGGUAGCGUGGUUGACAUUGCCAUCACUGAGAUCAAUAACACAGAGGACAGCGCUCGCAUCUCCAUCACCUUCUUCCGCCUGUUCAGGGUGAUGCGAUUGGUCAAACUGCUGAGCAGGGGGGAGGGAAUCAGGACUCUGCUGUGGACAUUCAUCAAAUCCUUCCAGGCUCUUCCCUACGUUGCUCUGCUGAUAGCAAUGUUGUUCUUCAUCUAUGCCGUCAUUGGGAUGCAGGUGUUUGGGAAAAUAGCCAUGGUGGAUGGAACACAAAUAAACCGCAACAACAACUUUCAAACCUUCCCACAAGCCGUCCUGAUGCUCUUCCGAUGUGCCACAGGGGAGGCCUGGCAGGAGAUCAUGCUGGCCUGUCUGCCAGGAAAACUGUGUGACUCUGAGUCAGAUUACAACCCCGGAGAGGAGAGAACCUGCGGCAGCGGCUUCGCAAUAAUCUACUUCAUCAGCUUCUACAUGCUCUGCGCUUUCCUGAUCAUCAACCUGUUUGUCGCCGUCAUCAUGGAUAACUUCGACUAUCUGACCCGUGAUUGGUCGAUUCUUGGGCCUCACCACCUGGAUGAGUUUAAACGGAUCUGGUCAGAAUACGACCCUGAAGCCAAGGGCAGGAUAAAACAUCUGGAUGUGGUGACUCUGCUAAGGAGGAUCCAGCCUCCGCUCGGCUUCGGCAAGCUCUGCCCUCACAGAGUGGCCUGUAAGCGUCUGGUGGCGAUGAACAUGCCCCUGAACAGCGACGGGACUGUGAUGUUUAACGCCACCUUGUUCGCUCUGGUCCGCACUGCUCUCAAGAUUAAGACGGAGGGUAACCUGGAUCAGGCCAACGAGGAGCUCAGGGCUGUGAUCAAAAAGAUCUGGAAGAGGACCAGCAUGAAGCUGCUGGACCAAGUGGUGCCCCCUGCAGGCGAUGACGAGGUAACAGUGGGGAAGUUCUAUGCCACAUUCCUGAUACAGGACUACUUCAGAAAGUUCAAGAGGCGCAAAGAACAAGGGCUUGUGGGAAGGCACUCGUGGGAGAGGCUGAACACCACCUUGGCUCUGCAGGCCGGCUUGCGCACGCUGCAUGACAUCGGACCAGAGAUCCGUCGAGCCAUAUCAUGCGACCUACAGGAGGAAGGGCUGGUAGAUGCCAUCGGAGAAGAAGAGGAGGAAAUCUACAGGCGUAACGGCGGUCUGUUUGGUAACCACGUCAACCACGUCACCGGGGAGCAGCAAGGCUCCUCCCUCCCCACCACCGCCACCCAGCGGCCCUUACAGAUCCUGCCCGUCUCCUGCAACUCCUCGACUGAACCCGCCCAAACCUUCAGAAGAACCAGCAGCAACGACAUGGAGGGGGAGACGGAGAUGAACUCCUCACCCAUCCAGUACAAUCAUCAUCAUCACCACCACCACCAUCACACUCCUCACUGUAAUUCCACUUGUCUUCAGUCUCCGAUCCCGUCCAACGCCAACCUCAACAACGCCAACGUGCCCUCACUUCUCUCCAUGACCAUUGGGAGGCCGCAGAAGUGCUUGUUAAGGCGGAGUCGCCCGUCCUCCGCCAAACAUGGAUCAUCAAGCACCACUUACAGUAAAGGACUCCACGACAAGCCAUGGAAGUCCCACUCCACCAGGUCAGCUGAUCGACAGAGGACGCGCUACUACGAAGCCUAUAUUAGGUCAGAAAGCGGCGGAGGUCUUUACCCCACCAUUCGCCGAGAGGAGGCGGGGGGCAGGGACAGUGACGAGGAGCGGGGCUCCGGAGAAUACUACAGCGGGGAGGAGUUUCAUGAAGACGACAUCAUGCUCACUAAGGACAGGUUGUCCAGAAAGGACUGCCGUGAUGAGGCAGAGGUGGAUUUGGAACUCGAAGCCUCCAGGGAUGAACACCAGCCUGACGGUUACUAUGACGAUGACCAGCAGCCCAUUUACCAGGAUGGCAGGCGGUCGCCUAGGAGAUGGUUUUUACCUUCACCUCAAGCCACCAACAGACCGACGUUCAGCUUCGAGUGUCUUCGCAGAAGAAGUAGUCAAGACGACGCUCCCCUCUCUCCAUCAUGCACUGCUCUUCCACUACACCUGGUCCAGCAACAGGUGAUGGCUGUGGCCGGCUUUGACGCCAGCAGAAUUCACCGUCUGUCACCGACCAGGUCGCUGCGCUCCUGGGCCACGCCUCCUGCCUCCCCCGUCAGCCGCGACUGCUCCCCCAGCUACACACCACUCAUACAGGUGGACUGGCGUAGUUCGGGCAGUGUGGGCAGCCUCCCCGGAGCAGUGAAGAGGAGUUCCUGGUACACAGAGGGUAAAGACGGCCCUCCGAGCUGCAGCCACUCUCCGUCCCGCCUGCAGCUGCCGGCAGAGAGUCGCUUCCUCCAGAAGAGAGGCAGCGCCACCAGUCUGGUGGAGGCGGUGCUGAUAUCAGAGGGUUUGGGGAAAUACGCCAGGGACCCCAAAUUUGUGUCGGUGACCAAACACGAGAUCGCGGACGCCUGCGAGAUGACAAUCGACGAGAUGGAGAGCGCCGCCAGCCACCUGCUGAACGGGAGCAUGGGGAACGGCAACGGCGGCGGAGCGGGGAGCCCGGACCCCAACGGCAUCCCCCACCUCAGGGACCACAGCAUCCGAGACUACAGCGACGAGGAGCCGUACGUGGCUGCCAAAUGUGAGGAGGACCUGACGGACGAGAUGAUAUGCAUCACUUCUCUAUAGCAGCCGAGUCUCUUUAGGUUUUUUCAAUUGAACUUUUCCCUGACCUGACCCUGCGAUGAGGGGACGUCUCGUGAAACAGGGACGGAUUAGAGAACAAAGUGCCUUGUUUUUCUCUUUCUGUUCGGCGCAGAACACAAACGUUUCUGGAGAAGAUCGUUUGAGCAAAUCCUGACCCCAGAGAGCAUCCGUCCACCGUCCAGCCGGCUCCCUGGAGGCUGCUUCCUCCGUGGACGUUUAACAGCGUUGACGAAUCCAGUUUGAGGGUUUGAUCUAAAUCAGCUUUAACGUUAGGGGCGAGUGCAUCCACGCAGUAUUGGGUGGGGCCUGUCAUCUUUUUUUUUGUUUUUUUGUUUUUUUUGUCAGCUGCACCCUUUUAGAUUUAUUUGAGUUAUUAACACGGCCAUGAAUCCUACACUGUUUACUCAACAUGAAGAGCCAAACAAAAAAAAAAACAAAAAAAAAAAAAAAACGUGCCACUAUUCCAGUCGGUUACAGACUGGAUGCUUGAAAUGUUUCCUACAUAAGCUUAUUUAAUUGUUAUUUUUUCAGUUAAUAUACAGACAGACGGGGUUUAGCGGUACGAUCCCCAGAGAGAAGCCAACGCUGUUCUGCUGCAAAAUGUCUUCAUCCGGUUCAAUUUUAUGUACAUAUAUAAAAUGUGAUUUUAACCUUUUAUUGGUCAUGAUAACAAACAGACACAGUUUCAUCUCCAUGGUUCAAAUUACACAUAAAACUUGAUGUAAAAGCAUAUAAUAUAUAUAUAUGUUUUAGUUAGUUUUUUUUUUCCCACAGCUGUUUGAGUCGAGCUGCUCUCGUUCACACUUCAGGAUUUCAGGUUAAGAAAACGAAAAUUCAAAAAACUCGUCUCGCUUUUUGACUUGAAAAACAAAACGACAUAUCAGUAAAAGGAAAAAAAAAAAAAGAAAAGACUUUGUCCUCAGGCAUAUCCUCCUGCUCCUCGUGCUCGCUGACACACACACUGUAACUCUAACUCCUUCUUCCUUUACACAAACACAAAAUCCCAGGUUUACGCAAAAGCCCUCGAAUCAAUGCACGGCUCACAUUACACGUCCCCCCACACAGAUCUUCACCUCAUCAUUUAAAGUCGCCAUGAAUACGAACGAACCUGUCAUCCUUUCAGCUGAUCCUACAAACUUAAAGGUCAGGACGAGGAUUCACACUUAAGGCGAUUAAAGCUCAUUAAAGAGUAUCACAGGAGACUGUGUGCUCUUUAUGAGUUUAACAUGAUUCACCUGCCAAAGCCUCAGGCCGCAAGAUACAGUUUAACACAAAAACACAAGUACAGGCAAGAAGGUGUGUUGAGGGAGUUUCACUGAAAACAAGUCAACUAGUAAAUUAUUCUUUAUUCUUCAUUUAGAUUUCCAUGAAAAUUUUGUUUCGCUUCAACGGCUCCAAAUACGGCAGGAAUGCUAAACAGAAAUCGAAUACAAAUUUAAAAACUUUGUAAGAUAAAUAUCAGAUAAAGGGUAAAUAUAUUGCACGGCAACAGAGUGGAUGAGUUGACAGGUCUUAAGGCAUGCAGGGAGAAACUGCGUUAUCUCCAGCAUCAAAUUGGAAUUUAAAGUCUACACGGCCAAGAUAAACAAAGAAGAAACGCGUCCGACUCUGACGGCUGUUAAGGUGAGGCCUCUCAGUGCAGACAGAAACACGCCGCCAUCCAGGUGAUAUAUUGUUCAGGGAAGGUUUCUUUUUUAAUUAUUAUUAUUAUUUUAGCCUUCGGCAUUUUUAGACGAACGUCAUCCCGCCUGCAGCCUCUUUGAUGCAUCUCAAAUGAAAAUGUAAGGCGAAGGAGGUCCCGACCGAAAUCCUUUAAAAGCAACAUUAAUGAAAAACAUCUCACUUCCAGAGCUACAGCAGAUGCCGCUCAGUAUUUAACAAAACAACAGAGGAUAUACAAACACACCCGGAGCCCUCCCUCUUUACCACCUCAGAGUGAACAUCAUUUCCUAGCUGUCUUUUCAAUCAAAUGACAUGUUAUUAUUUUCAUUUCACGCUGUCUCCCACAGUGCUACUGGAAAUGAGCGUUUCGUUUUUUCCCGCAGGCUGGGAUUGUGAAACCGCAUCCAGGCAUCCGACGCGUUUACUCAUGCGCUCACGUGAUAAAAAAAACGAUUACACCCCCAUCAUUCCCUACAGGGGCACAGUAACAAUGUGAAUCAGUCCAGGGAGAUGUGGCUCAGCACCACGUUUCACACAUAGAGAGAGAGGUCGCGUUUGACUCAUCUGAAAAGCAUCUCCUCCGGUACAUCCUCAGUUCCCAUACUUUAUAUAUGAUGAGUCAAAUAUGCUGAGUAACGCCAUGAGCGCAUGGAUUUUCCUUUUCUUUUCUUUUUUUUUUUUUCCCCUCUCUUGCUGCGUCCCCACUACCCUGUUGCCGUGACGAGUCAGAUGUGGGACUCAGAUUAGGACGCUGUAAGUUUCUGUUCACCAGCGUCUACAUGUUAGAUGAGAUUUGAAACCCCACAGCAGAGAGAGGGCGGCUCUAGCGCGGGGGUUAGCUCAGUUUCUGCAGAGAAAACACCAGGUGAAACAAAAGCAAGAGAGGAGAAGCGACACUUCUGCUCGUUGGCUCCGCCACCAACCAGCUUUUCUGCACCACUGCCAACUUUAACGACGUCUAAAAGCGCCAACUGUGCUGCUCUCUCUCUCGCUUUUCUCUUUUAAAACCGUCAGGGUUUCAGCAAUCAAAGGGCUUCUAUAAAAAAAAAAAAACAAUUCUCAUUUAUUAUGAGACGCAGACAUCGAGAGGACAGUUUGUGGAUCAGGAUUCGAGCAGCUGAAGAGUUGAACUGGCCAACGCAGCGUAAUAAAUAAGACUUAUGCAUGUAAAUUGUGUUUCAUUUAGGCUCAGCGUUGUUGUUAUUACCUCUGUUAACCGUCCGCCCGUGCUGGUUAACCCGUCAGGGAAACUGUGGCGAAGGCUGCAGUUGCACAGAUGAUGUGGGGAGGUUUUCCAGCCCGGAGGCCGGACUGGAUUCUCGGCCUGCAGAUGUUCUGUUGUGGCGGGGGAGGAAGGUGGUUGUGGUUACGGGUUACGCUCUCGCAAAGAUCUGCAGUGACAAUGAUCAGAGGGGCCCAAAGUUCUGAUGGGUUGACGGUGAUCUGGAAUAUUUGUAAUUACACUAUUAUGAUGUUACGAUUUGUGUAAAUUCUGCCAAAGACUCGGUUUUACUGUUUUGGAGUUUGAUGACUUUAUUUAUUUUGGAGGGAUCUAGAAAACUUCAGAAGCCAUAGAGUCCAACACAGGGUGAGUUAUUGCCGCGUUUUAUUUAUUCAUUUAUUUAUUUAUUUUUUAGCUCCUAAAGCAGCGCCAACAUGUCUACACACGUGACAAAGAUGGGACAAACUCUUAAUUUGUAAAUCCCCGCUGGGUGCUUAUUUAACGAGUUUGACGCCAGAGCACAAUAAUCAUCUCCACUUCAUCCAAACACGUCGACAUUUAGUUUUAUCCAGACGCAAAAAUAACAAAGAACACAACUACUCUAUUGUGCAUCACAGCUUUAUUAUAUUUUUUUUUUGUACAAUGCUUUACAAGAUGUCUAUGAAAUGACAGCCAUGUAUAAAAACCUGUACAGAUUUCUGCUUUCUACCCAUUUGUUGUAUGAAAAUUAAAAAAAAAAGAAAGAUAUUAGCGCUAUCUACUUUGUAGCAUAUGUACCAGUAUCUUCUAGAUUUUGUACCAGUUCAAACUAAAGCCCUGUUUUUGUACAUUUGAAUUUUUGCCUGAAAUGCCAACAAACCUGAUGAAUUUUAUAUAAUAAAGACACGAGGACAAGGUCA